AGGCGUUUGACAAGGAAAGGUCAUUGGAACUGAAGGAACGCAUCCGUCAAAAAUAACUUUUGAAGAGCUGAGCUGCUUCGGGGAACAAAAAAACACUUCUUGAGAAUUUCAACACACACGAAGCCUCGCGGAAACAUCUUUGUUGCUCUGAAGUCUUUGUUUUAGAAGGAAAAUGAGAUAGACAGAUGGACAGUGCCAACAUCACCAUUAAGAAGGGCAAGCUUGGGAAACUGAAAGUUGUUCGCCAACACUUACUGCAACACUAUGAACAUCAGCCCCUCAUUUCCUGCUUGGCUGGGCUGUACAGCUGUCGGUGGAGGAGGUACCAGCGGCAAAAGAUAGAGCCAGGAGAUUGGUGCUGCACAAAGCGGGAAUGUGCAUUUUAUCCAGUACUAGUUGCAACCUUCUGUUUCUCUUUCGUCUUUGUGUACUUGUGGGGAGAAGCAAAGAAUGACUACAACAACUUUGACUGGUUCAGCUACAUCAACCUGGGCAUCUGGUUUCAUUGGUGCAUUGUCCUCCUGGUCCUGGCGGCGGUAUCCUUCUCCUACAUCUUGCUCUUGCUGAUCCUAGCCAUGUGCCUGGUGUCGGAAGGUCAGCAGCUGUAUCUGCAUUGGUGUCACAAGAUGGGGACCGUCUUCGUUUUGAUCUUAUCCGUCUCUGUAUUAGUCACAAUCACAUUGAUGUGGAAUGUACAGUGGAGGACGGUCAUCUUGUCGAUGCAGUUUACAGCUCCCUUUCUCCACGUGGUUGCCCUCGUCUGUAUGAUUCUGGUGUCUUGGCCAGUGGCUCUGUAUACCUUCCGGUUGAACAAAAAAGGUACAGUGACUCCAGUGAUGAUUUUGGUUCCCUACUUGGCACUCCUUAUUUUUUUGUUCUUCAUUCCCCUGGGGAUGUACUCUCCUUGCGUCCGGGAGGAAGGGACUUUGGGCCCCAAGCCGGCCCUCAUUGGCCACAGAGGAGCACCUAUGGUGGCUCCUGAAAAUACCCACAUGGCAUUUGUGAAAACCAUAGAGUAUGGUGGCGAUGGUCUUGAGACAGAUGUCAGAAUUAGUUACGACGGCGUCCCAUUCCUCAUGCAUGAUAAGACUUUGACGAGGACAACCAAUCUUUGGGAGGUCCAGCCAGAGAUCGCUGAUAAGACGGCUGAGAUGUUUACCUGGGAUAUGCUAAAGACACUGAACUCUGGGAAAUGGUUCUUUGAGAGUAAGCCAUUCUACACCAUGCCCGCUAUCUCGUAUAACGACAGGAAGUGGGCAGAGGAGCAAUCGAUUUAUAAGCUCAGUGACUUCUUGAAGCUUGCAGACCAGCAUAACAAGCUUGUCCUCUUCGAUUUCAACCGCCCUCAAGAACAUCAUCCAUACAGGGACUCCUGGAUCAGAAGAGUUUUAGAAGUGAUCCUCAAUGAGUCAAAGAUCAAGCCCCAUUUGGUCCUGUGGCUGGAAAAUAUCGACAGGUUGUUUGUUCAGUCUGUUGCCCCAGGAUUUCGGCAGACCUUUGGUAGAAAAGCUCCUCUUGAAGAGCUCCAAAGAGACAAAAUUGUGAAGCUCAAUCUGGAUUACAGAGAGAUGUCCUCUGAGGAUAUUCGGAAAUAUGCUGAAGCCAACAUCACAACCAACUUCUACGUGAUCAGUGAGCCGUGGCUCUUUUCUCUAGCCUGGUGCGCCGGAGCCCAUUCCGUCACCACCAAUGCAGUGCACACCUUGGGGAGCGUCACAAAGCCAUUCUUCCUGAUAACACCACGGGAUUACAAGAUUAUGUGGAUCCUCACAGAUAUCUUCUCAGCCAUUCUAAUCUCUCUGGUGUUUCUCCUUCACUGGUGGAGAGAGAAGGGUACUUCCUGCGAUUCUGGUAGCACCGAUACUCUCACGAGUGGCGCCUACAGCAUGUUUGGAACAAAGCUUAACACGAUGCCAACUGUGGCCUGAAAAGUUGCUUGCCCUGGAGAAUCCCCUUCACCCGAGGUAGAAGAUUCGUGUCUGCAGAAGAACUUUGUGGUGCUCCAUUAAACUUCAGAUGUGAAGAUGUAUGGGGUGAUGACCGGAACUGAUAGGAGAAGCCAGGCUGUGCUCGGGUUUGGGUGACAGCUCUGAUCGAUUUGUCUCCUUUCCUCCUCAGUAAAGAGGCCCAGAGAGCACCCAGUUUUCACGUUUUUGAUAGCGAUGGAACAAUCAGAAAUAGGUGGAUUUUAUUUGGGUAUUUCCCUGCCCCGUCCCCGAUCCCACCAUGUUCCAGAGACAUUGACCUCAUGGUGGGAAGCCAGCCUUCCAGAAAUAGGUAGACUCUUGCUUGUAAAGCUUCAUGGGGAAGACUGCUUGAUGUGCCAGUGACAUCUUGUAUCCUGUGGCGGCUGCCAGAAAAGCAAACAACAAGGGUUACCUGCAACGGCUUGGUGGAAAGGCGGCUUGCAGAAGAUCCGUUUCUGUGUCUUCUACGAACUCAGCCAUUUUAUGAUUUUUUUUAAAAAAAAAUGUAUUUAAAGAAAUUUAAAAUUUUAUUUUUAAAAAGUAUGGAAGAAUAAAAUCCAUCCAUGAAGGAAAACGUUUGCUUGUAUUUCCGUGAGGUUAUAUUAGGGAUAAAUGUCCAUCAGUAUCAGUGAAAUCCUAAACAGAGUAUUGCCAGCCUAAGCCCAUUGAAGUCAUAGAAUCAUAGAGUUGGAAGGGGCCUCCCAGUCAUCUAGUCCACCCCCUGCACAAUGCAGGAAAUUCACAACUAUCCCCUCCCUCCACACACACACCCUCAGUGUCCCCUGCUUCAUGCCCAGAAGAUGGCAAAAAUCCUCCAGGAUCCCUGACGAAACUGGCCUGGCGAGAAUUACUUAGACUGGAAUAAUUCUGCUUAGGA